AUGUGGUCAGAGAAGUGUUCUAAUCCAGCCAAGUCGGAUUCGAAUACAAAUUCCCAGCCCACGUCUAAUUUGACGGCACAAUCUGAUUCGUCUAUAUCUGCCCCUUAUUAUUAUUCCGACAACGGUUUCAACUACAACACAUAUUCCAAGGACCUCGAAGCCGGUUACACUAUGUCCGGUAACAAUAACAACGGAGAUACCCAACCUUUACUAGGAACAGCUGGGUCUGCUGGCUUUGGCAAGCCUCCAAAGAGAUCCCGGUUAUGGUCUGUGUUUAUUUUUUCCGGGUUAGCAGUUUUAUUCACUGCCGUUGUUUAUAUUUUCGCCUUCACCAUUCCUAAUAUUCAACGAUUCAAGCCAGUGCCCAACCUGGUCAGAGUCAACAGUUUGGACGAAGAGCAUCUACCAAGUUACGAGGAUGGCUCGAAACUUUUGUUAGUAGGUGAUGUGCAUGGAUCAUACAGCGAGCUUAAACAGUUACUGAGAAAAGCCAAGUUCAGAAAGAAUAGAGACCAUUUAGUUAUGCUCGGAGAUUUCAUCACUAAAGGAGACCGUUCUAUCGAUGUCAUUGAGCUGGCCAUGGAUCUGGGUGCUUCUUGUGUACGAGGUAAUCAUGAGAACGAAAUUCUCGAAAUGUACGCUGAAUACCACCAUCUUCCAAGACCCAGAGUAGCCAGUUCGACCAGUGGCAACGGCACCAGUUCGGACCAAACUUUGCCAUAUGAAGUGGCUGAAAUGCCCCAAAUGCGUACUAAUAGACUCGAUGAGUCGGAUGACGACGACCUUGUUCGUCUGUUGAAGCCUAAACACAUUGAGUAUCUUGGCAGUUGUCCAUUGAUUCUUCAAUUAGGCGACGGGUUUGACCGAGGGUUCGGUGCUAUCGCUGUUCACGCCGGUGUCAUGUGGAACCUCGACAACUUAGAAGAACAAGACCCCACUACCGUCAUGACUGUUCGUUCGGUGCUUCCACCAGACUAUGUCACUGCCUCUGAAGAGAGUGACGGCGAGCCUUGGUACAAUCUGUGGAACGAGAAGCAACGAGGAAUCCCCCGCAAAGACCGCAUUGUCGUGUACUACGGCCACAACGCCCGAGACGGUCUCAACCUCCAGGAGUACACCAAGGGUCUCGACUCCGGCUGCAUCAAGGGCCGCGAGCUCUCGGGUCUUCUCAUCUCCGAGUCUAAACGCGGCAAAUAUAAAGAGAAACUCAUCCAAGUAGACUGUUAA